ACCAUCUGACUGUUGACGAAGCUUAUAACUCACACGAUAAGUUUUUCUUCUUCAUAUCCCAUGUUCACAGCCUCUUUUCUUUGUGUAGAUAAUAUAGAAGUUUCCCAUCAUCCUGACCCAGUACGACUUCUUCUCAGAACAAGAUUACCAACAACCUAGCAUGAACACCACCGAAGCCCUGUCGCCCACCACAGCAUUUAGCCGAGUAGCAGCCAGAGUCGUAGUCGAACGCCUACCUCCCUAAGUACAACAUAUGGAACUUCUCUCCACACAAAAGCCCACACAUUGUGUAUGACUAGGUGCGAGAUAUCAUGUCCAGAUUCGUCAACUUCGUCACCUCUAUCGGUGAGAGGAGAGGCACCAAUGAAGCCGCACCGUCCAUCUCCUUGGCUGGCAAAGAAGAGACGCAGAAGUCCAUCACGACAUCUGCACAUAUCGAUACCGCCAAGCCAAAGCUGCUUGAUCGGUGGCUUGACAAGGUCGUGUCUUUCUCAGGCUCAAACUCUGUACUCUUCUUUACCAUCUUCGUCUUGUUGGUCUGGGCAUUCCUCGGCAUCAAGUUUGGUGGUGUUACUGGUUGGCAAGUCGGCAUUUCUGAUGCACAGGCUAUUAUCAAUAUGGUGUUUGACUCUUUGCUCGUCCGUGAGCAGUUAAACUCGCAUACACAGGCUUUGGUCGUUGCUUGUCAUCUUGACUCGCGGGCUGGGAGUCACAAGAGGAUGUUGCGAGUGCUCAGCAGGAUGGAGAAGCCAAGCACUGGUCGACAAGGACACACAACCAUCACUACUGAAUUACCAACAGAAGAUCUAUUGGGUCGAAUAUGCAACCGUGUUUCUGCAUGGAUGGGCCACAUCUCCACAGUCAUCGGCUAUUGGGUAUGCAUUGGUAUCUGGCUCGCCUUUGGCUCUUACUGCAACUGGUCCAACACGUGGUUCUUCUACAUCAAUUCGGCCACCUCGGCACUUAUGAUCUUCAUGCUCGCACUUCUCGGCAACAAUCGCGAGAGAAACAAGCAAUACUUGCAGAAGUGUACAAGCUUGCUUCUGACUGCAGACAUGUCUCUCGAACGCAAGCUGAGAGACCUUACCGGCGAUAAGAUCGAUAAUGAAGUUUCUUGUAUCCCUGCUCCAAAGGUUGGCAAGAUCCAACGCGCCAUCAACUUUUACGCGGAUCUGGUCGGCACGCUUCUGGGUAUCGCUCUCUUGUCCUUUGUGCUGGUUGCUUGGGUAGCUAUCGGUCCAGUCAUGCAUUUUGAUGCAAACUGGUGGCUCUUGAUCGGCACAUAUGCCGGUCUGAUCGGCAUGAACGAUGGCUUCGUGCUAAAGAAUCUCUGCGACAUCUGUAACCGACAAGAAGAUGUACAUUACGAACAACGCAUCCUCGACGACAUGAAUCUAUUGGCCAUCCUCGGUGCCGACAAAGUUCAGGAAAAGACAACCGUAAAGCCUCGUCUAGACGUCCGUCUAUCCAUCGCCAUGGGAGAUAUUUGUUCGCAUGCAUAUACCGUGGUCGCUGGAGUAAUUUGCAUCAUCGGUCUCAUCUUGACGGCAAGUCUUAUGCAUUGGAAUGAGUUGGGGCAGAUUAUCUGCAAUGUUCCUCCGAGCAUCAUCGAGUCCUUCUUUACACUUAUCCUGAUCACUGGUCACAAUAUUGGUGAUGAGCAGAGACGGGCUGAUUUGCAGAGACUGUAUGAGACUAGACUGGAGUUGAUUUCUGCUGUCGAGCAGUGGCAGGUAUGAUGCUUUGACGAGUUUGGUCUGAGUCUGCGCGUCUGGUGGGAGUUUGUAGAGUUGUUUGAAGUGUGUUUGACAUUGAACUCCAUCGAAAAAGUUUGGCAACCCGAGUCGUCAAAGACAGCCAGUCAAGACAAUUCAGCAAUGUUUAACAAAAGUUUGACAAAAGUGUCAAGAAUGAUCCACAAAAAUAUCGUUUUACAAAAGUAUUUGACAAAAAUAAUGCUCGACUUAACAGUCCCGUACACUUGCUCAGAACAAAAAGGAACAGUUUUACGAUACAGAGUUGUUGCUUGCUGUUACAGGUUGCUGGGUCUGUAGUAACAAUCUAUCCAUGUGAUCGCUUCGAUGCUUCGGUGUCAGGCCGUGCGUCACGGGCAUCUUUUACACCUGACGCAUGUAAAUGCCU